CAGUGCCUGAUAUCAAAAGGAUCGACUCGUCCUCCAAAUUAAAUUUUGAAACAUGUUCCUAAGUAAAUGUCCCGUACGAGGUUUAAGAAGUUCGGCGAUUUGGAGAGCUUCAAAAGCUGAGAAUAUGUUGAAACAGGGUGAUUAUUUUAACAACACGCUUUCGAAAAUGGUCGUAGAAGGAUUAAAUGGCAGUGAGUUUUCGAAAACACCGUCACUUGUCAAAAGAAUUAGCAAGAUGACGGAGUACUACACGACUGAAAGAAUACCUCUUCAAGGUCACAUGACUCUAAUCGCCUACGAAAUGUUAGAGAAAUCGGAAAACAUCACAGACAAAUCGAUGUAUCAAGCGGAAGCUGUUGCUUGCGCAAUGGAAUUGUUGCAAUCAUAUUUCCUCAUCAUGGACGACAUAGAGGACGGAGCUACGUCACGCCACGGAAAGACAUGUUGGCAUUUACUACCCGACGUUAAGACAUUGGCAUUGAACGAUUCGAGCAUGUUUCGGAGUACUAUACAUGAAAUAUUGAAAAAAACAUGUGAAGGACCUCUUUACGUUGAACUAUUGGAUAUAUUCAACGAUGCGUUUAUAAACGUAGCUAUUGGACAGCAUUUGGACGUAAUUCUCUCUAGAUCCAAAGACUAUUCAUUGUUUACACAAGAAAACUACGAUAAUAUAGUUAAAUAUAAGUGCACUUACUACACGAUGAAGUUACCAUUGAUGUUAGCUAUGACACUGGCCGGUAGAGCGACAGAUAAAUCUUUCGAACUCGCUGAAAAUCUGUGCCGAGACGUCGGCGCUCUAUUCCAGAUGAUAAACGACUUCAUGGAUUGUUUUGAUUUGGAGUCGGAAAGUGGUAAAUCUGGUACCGACAUACAAGAGGGAAAGUGCACAUGGUUAGCUGUGAAAUCUUUAGAGCGCGGAAACCCAGAGCAAAGGAAAACUUUCAGAACUUGCUAUGGCAGCUGGAACCCAGAGGAUGUUGAAACAAUAAUAGGCCUAUAUAAAGAUUUAGAUCUUAAAUCAUUAUACGAAGAACAACAAAAAUUACGAUACAAAAUGUUCAUGCAAAAAGUUCAAGAACUACCAUCGAAUGCUAUGCCUACACCUGAAUUGUUUUUAAAGUUGCUUCAAAUGGCUCAAGGUGGACACUGAGAUGUCAGCCAGGAUCUUUUUAUUCUUUUCUAGACAAUAUUUACUUAAGUCGUUAUUAUUAAAAUAUGUCAUUAUUAU